AUGAGUUGGUCUGGAUUUAAAAAGAAAAUUGAUCGUACACAAACCAAGUUAUCACAAAAAAUUGGUACAAUCGAGAAAACGGCUGAAAAAAUUCAUAAAGAAGCUAAAGGAUAUUUAGAAUCCAUGCAUGCAAUGUCAACAGCACAAUUAAAAAUAGCAGAAACAAUUAACCAAUUUUACGAAGAUUCAUCAGAGCCAGUUUUUGUUGGAAAUAAAUAUAAAGAAACGGUUGAAUUGAUUGAUCAUAAUUGUAGAACAUAUUUAGAUGAACCUUACAAACAUACGGUGACUAAUCCUAUUGGAAGAUUUUGUGCAUAUUUCCCAGAAAUAAAUGAGGCAGUAAAGAAAAGAGACAAGAAAUUAUUGGAUUAUGAUGCUCAACGUGCAAAAGUUAGAAAAUUGGUUGACAAGUCUGACAAGUCUGACAAAUCCGACAAACCAGAAGAUUCAAGUAAAUUAUUAAGAGCAGAAGAAGCAUUAAAUGAGACAAGAUUACAAUAUGAGUCAUUGAAUGGACAAUUGGUAGAAGAGUUGCCUAAAUUAAUUGAUCUAAGAGUUCCAUAUAUAGAUCCAUCUUUUGAAGCACUUGUGAAAAUACAAUUGAAAUUUUGUCAAGAAAGUUACGAUAGAUUAAAUGACCUACAAAAACAUUUUCCAGAUAGUGAUAAUAAGGUUGAGACUGUCUUACAACAAAUGAAAGAAUUAUCAAUUUGUGGAAUGAUUUAA